AUGCCCAAACACAACAUCUCGCCAACACCAUUCCCUGGUCAAGCCGGUCUCAGGAAGCCCAAAGAUAUCGGAUGCGAAGACGGCUGGUGGCAUACGCACGAGCAGAAUGAGAUAUCGCAGCUUGACGGUAAUCUGUCAGACUUCGAGAAAGCGUUCUUGGAUGAGAUGGAUAAGAAGGAUGUCGAAAGAAAGGAUGAAGAAGCGGAGACAAAGAUGCUAGCAGAGACUCAUGAGCAGACUAUCACGUAUAUCCGCACCAGCCUCGGUACUCGGAUCCAGGAUCUCACAGCUGAGAGGCAAGUGUUGCAGACCACAAUCAACAGUCACGAUAAACUUUUAGUCGACUUCCGCCGCAAACAUGCGACAGAGAUCAAAACACUCGUCAGGAUAAAAGAGUGUCUUGAGGUCGAAGUGAAAACCAAGUCCAAUGAGGCCACAAUCAUACACGACAUGUAUAGUGUACAGAUCAAAAGGCUGAUCGACGAGAGGGUACUGCUACAGAACCAGCUGGGCAAAGCAGCCUUCGGGGCGUUGGUCAUGAAAGUGGAAGUACCCAAACAUUCUGAGGCAGCUGUGAUGGGGAAGAGCGUAGCUCCCCUAUCUCAGCCACCCAAAGCCAACUCGAAACGUGUGGCGCACUCAAAGAACGUUCACACUGGACUGCCAAAGCCUGCGAAGAACAGUAUCCAUCAGCUACACGAGUUCUUCAACCCCGGCAACCCGUAUGCUAUGACAUCGAGUCUUUCCGAUGUUGUUCUCAUUGGGAUUGAUUUCGAGAACACCUGCAAUAUCAAAAGUGGCCUUACUGUCGAAACGAACUGCGAAGCAGGUAUCGCCAUUCUCGAUAUCAGAGAGAUGAAGAAGGCCUCCGCUGGCAAGCCUUUGAGGACCUUCAACUUUGUCGUAGGAACGCCACCGUACGUUGCAGAAACUUCGAACAGGUUCGUCUUCGGAAAGACGAUCAUGAUUGAACCCUCGAGGCUAGUGAAGCGCAUUGAAUCUCUCGUUCCCCGUGGUCGAAAUGUGGUGUUUGUCGGUCACGGAGUAACGAACGAUCUUUUGGCUCUUCAGGCGCUGGAAUUUCGUUUUCCAAACAAUCUCGUAGCAGUUAUGGAUACUCUGCAGGUUGAUAGGGAGAUGCGGAAAGAUUGGGUGGGGUCUUUGGGCGAGUUACUGAGGGUCUUGGGAUGUCCACACACCAGGCUCCACUGUGCUGGCAAUGACGCGAACUUCGCUUUGGAGGCUUUGCUUCUCCUAGCUGCCAUGAGAUUCGAGAAGCAAGUUGGAAAGAGACGUAUAGUCGAUGACUUGCGUCGGAUUGGGCGACAAGAGUUACCGGAUCGGAUAGAUCCGUGGGUAAAAGCAAUAAUGAGACGUGCUGGAUGA